GAACACCUGCUGCGAUCUUUCUCAGAAGAAGACGAAGACGAAGACGAAGAAGAAAGAAGGAGGAAGAAGAAGCAGCGAAGGGUGGGGGCGUUGAAAAUGGCGUUGCAGUGGAUGAUCCUGACGUACGUCGUCGCCGCCGAGGCGGCGGUGGCGUUCCUCCUGACGCUGCCGUCCCCGAAGUUCCUGAAGAACCACCUCGUCUCCUUCGUCUCCCUCGUCCUCCAGCCCGCCCUCUUCGUCGUCCCCUUCGCCGGAUUCCAGCUCCUCGAUAUAUAUUGGAAGAGUGAGCACCGCUUGAGUUGCACGUCCGACAUCUGCACCGCUGCCGAGAGAGACCGAUACGAGAAAGCGAUCUAUAAAGCUCAAAGGAAUGUGAUUUUAUGUGCUUCAGCCUGCCUUCUUUACUGGUGCAUCUAUCGCAUUUGCAAAUACUACAAAGAAAUUCAGAAGUUGGAGGAAAUAGAGAAGAGGUUCAAGGAUCAGUAAAAUCAUCCGUGUUCUCUAGUUCCCCCGGAUGCUUGACUGAGUUACCUCUGGAUGAAGUGGCUACUGCCUCUAGAAGUCUCCUCUUUGCCUUGACCUUUUUUCUUUUCCCCAAUCUGUGUACUUUCCAUACUUGAUUUUCACGUACCUCAAGUUUCUCCAGCUAGACUAGAUACUUUACUGAUGCAUAAUAUGAUAUGCCUAUUUGUUUCUUGCUUGUGUUCAUCGAGAUAUAUUGCAGAUACCGGAUUUAAGCA